UAAUGGUUUCUCCACAGUGGCUGUGCAGCCGAAGUAAAGCCAUGGAUGGGCUGUACAGCCAUAGUGCGUAUCUGCUGCAAGAGCUGCAGGAGCAGCGGAUUCAGGGCCUGCUGUGUGACUGCAUGCUGGUAGUGAAAGGCGUCUGCUUCAAAGCUCACAAAAACGUUCUCGCUGCUUUCAGCUCCUAUUUCAGGUCUCUGUUCCAGAACUCUCCAGCACUAAAGAAUGACGUGUAUCACCUGGCCAUCCAGGACGUGGGUGGGAUUGGGCAGAUUCUGGACUACAUGUACACGUCUCAUCUGGAACUGAACCAGGACAACGCACACACACUACUGCAUAUUGCACAGUGUUUACAGGUGUCCAACAUCCUGAGCAUGUGCAAUGCAUACCUCAAGCCAAGCGCUGCAUCAAGUGACCCGCCUCUCUCUCUCCCUGCAUUGCUGUCCCAUGAGCAAGACUGUGUUUUGGGGAGCCCUUUGCCUCCUGAGCCUGACCUCCACUGCCCCACCUCUGACCCCCACAAGCACACACUCCUCCCAAAUCCAGAUGCUGAUCCCAUCCAGUACAAACGGCCCCAGCCAGCCCCGCCCCCUGGCACCUCAGACACACCUAAUAACAUGGUAGCGCUACCAGAGAGGCAACCUCUGCAUGGUUAUAAGCUGAGAAACUUUUAUAGUAAGCAGUAUUUCAAACAGAGUGCUGCCCAGAGCCUGAACCAGACACAUUGCCAUCUCAUGGUGGAGGAGCAGUAUAACAUCAAUCAGAACUUGCAGAAUACACCCACUAAUGUAGCUAGUCACAAUCUGCAGAACACUCUUACAAAUGUAGUCAAUCAGAAUCUGCAGAAUACAUCUGCAAAUGCAGCCAAUCAGACCCUACAGAAUGUGCCCACAAAUGUACCCAGUCAAACCAUGCAGAAUACAACUCCAGUUAACCAGUCACUGCCGGCUAUAUCCUCUUCAGCAGCCAAUCAGUUGCUGCCACCCAGGCCUUCAGAUGCUGGAAACACAACUCUAUCUCACCCAGCUGAGCCAAUGACAUCACAGACCCCGACAUUUUGUGUCAACGCCACUGUGCCCACUUCCUCCUCCUGUCCUGAGGUCCUAAACCCACUGCCUUUGGUCCCCACUGAUCCCGGCACCCAUUCACCCCCUACAGGUGGUGAAAAAAGCCCCCCAGCCCUGCGGGCCCUGCGACCUAAGAAGACUGUGUACCUGAAGAAGUUUAACUACCUUCGAUCUCACCAUGUUCUAGAUGAGGGUGCGGAGCUGAACAAGGUGACUGACAGCUGCAAUGCAGAGACAGUCCAGCAGGCAGAGACGCAAAGCCAGCCAGCCCAUGUCAGUUCAGAUGUGCCCCUGGAUGAUGGCGUUUCUGAGUCAGCAGAAGCACCUGAGCCCAGUUUGCCUCCCCAGCCACCCAGUCCCCCCACACCCCAACCUGAACAUCCCCGUUCGAAAGGCCAGAAAGAUGGGUCAGGGGACACCACUAGUAGUAAUAAGUACUGUUGUGAAGUGUGUGGGAAAACCUUCAAACACCCCAGCAACCUGGAGCUGCACAAACGCUCACACACUGGUGAGAAACCAUUCCAGUGUAACGUCUGUGGGAAAAGCUUCUCUCAGGCAGGAAACCUACAGACACAUCUCCGCCGACAUUCAGGAGAAAAGCCCUAUAUCUGUGAGCUCUGUGGGAAAAGUUUUGCUGCAUCAGGUGAUGUCCAGCGUCACAUCAUCAUACACUCAGGAGCUCGACCUCACCUGUGUGACAUCUGUGGACGAGGCUUCAGUAAUUUCAGUAAUCUGAAGGAGCAUAAGAAGACUCACAGUUCGGAUAAAGAGUUCAUCUGCGAGCAGUGCGGCAAAUCCUUCAACAUGCAGAGAAAACUUCUCAAACAUACCAUGAGACACACUGGGGAAAAACCGUAUUGCUGCCAGACAUGCGGUAAGUGUUUUGCCGGGUCAGGUGAUCUCCAGCGCCAUGUGCGUUCACACACAGGUGAGCGUCCAUAUGUGUGUGACACAUGUGGAAAAGGAUUCACACGCACAGCAGUGCUGCGCCGACACCGAACCCACUGCAAGCCUGCAGCCAAUUCAGAUGCUAAUACACUAACACAGUCACAAGCAGCAGAUGCUAAUAUGCUCACUCAGCCACAUGGAGGUGACUCUAACGCACUUGUCCAACCGCAUGGAAGUGACUCUGACAUCCAGCCGCAUGGAGGCACUCACACAUUCACACAGCCACACGCUGGAGAUGGUAACACACUUACACAGCCACUCAUGGAGCCGCACACCACAGAUGCUAACAGGCUAACACAGCCACACACUGCAGAUGCUAGCAAAGCCACAGCUACACAAACGACUACUUCUCAGCCAUCCAAUCGGAAUAAGACUCAACUACGCCCCCUUCCCCACACUGUCUCAACGCUGCCCCCUGUAGGAACCUGCCGACCUGCCCUGCCCCUCUCUGAUCCUGCCUCUAGCACUCCUUUCCCUUCACACUCCUCACUCUCGGAGCUGCGCACUGUUGUUCCACACCAUCUUUUAGCCCCGCCUCCUCUCAGUAAGCCCCUCCAAACACCUCAGAAGGCUCAUCCUCCUCCUCUAAAACCUACCCUCCACCCUGACUCUUCUUUCGGUUCUUGCGGUGAGGAGAACAGAACUCACAGCCUCUCUGCCUCCAUUCUACGACCCCACCUGCUGGCUCCAGAGGCACAGUGCAGCCCCCCACUGGCCAGCCGUAGCAACAGCAGCAACGGUACAGCCAGCUCUCAGAUGCACAGUGCCCCAUACAGGAGCUCUGAGGGCUUCUGCUCUAGCGGUGCUCUUUGGGGACUGGCCAUGAAAACUCUCCAGAGUGACAGCGACAUGGACCAGUAAAAGAUUGAGUUUACUUCACCAAAAGCACUUUCACAGUAGUUUCACAGGGCACAUAGCAACUACCUGGAAUACCGUAGCAAUGGCCUAACAAUCUCAGCAACCACCUUCUAUACCAUACCAGCAGCCUACCCUCACUUUAAUACCCAUUUGUGAUACCAAAGCAAUGGCCUAGCAAUACUUUAGCAACCAAUUUUGCAUAACAUAGCAAAAGCCUAGUACCACAUCAGUAACCACCUUGAAUUACAUGGCAGCCUAGUAAUAGCAUAGGAUUCUAUAUUAACAGCUUUGUCAAGUGAGUUUGUUCACAAGCUUUCCCCUUCUAAUUAAACUUGUAGUGCUGGAUUGUAGUGAAAUUUGCCGCAAAUAAGAAUAUGCCCCCUCUUUCCCCUCUAGUCUGUGUGCUUUUCACAUUUAGAGUACAUUUAAUAACCCAAAUCAUAAUGCAAGCAAAACAAGUUAGCUAGCAAAAUGCUAUCAUUAGCUAACAUAAUUGUUUUUCCUUUGCAAAAGGUAAUGUUUAUUUUUACUGCAUGUAAAACAUGCACAUAUCUAUUUAAUUCAUUUGUGUCUUCGUGGUCUUAAGUAACAUUCAUGGACUAACAACAGGCUUGUUGUCUGUAAGACAGUGUUGAUGGGCGCAACAUCUUCUUCUGCCUUUGUUAGGUGCGGCACUUGUUUAGAAAGUUCCCGCUCAGUUUUUCCCCACCCUACAAGUCUAUGGUAUCACCCAGAUUCAGCACACAAUUUUUUGCAAUUGUCUCCAGACCUUCUUGUUACUUCUUGACUGUGUCUAGUCUUUUGAGACUACUUUCACAGAUGCAUAUAUAUGGAUAUGACACCCA